CUCCUCGGAUCCCUCGCAUAUAGCAUGUCAUCUACCUUGCCAGCUCGCGGCUCUUCCCAGAAUACCGUGGGAACUGUCGCCGCUGGCAACUAUGAGAUACCCAAUUGGCUUUUCUGGGUCGCGUUAGCAGCUGGGAUCUGGUGCUCUUUCAUUAUUUUUGUUCAGGCCAUAGGAUCGACCCAGCUAUACCGCUAUUACUCCUCCAAACCCAAACGAGCCGUCUCUCCAACCCUAAAACUCGAUCAUGUUCCACAUAUCACGAUCCUCCGGCCUGUCAAAGGCCUCGAAGCCCAACUCUACGAAUGUCUCGCGGCAACUUUCUACCAGACAUACCCUCUACAGAAGUUGACCAUCUACUUCUGUAUAGGCUCCUCUACCGAUCCCGCGUUUCCCGUCCUCCAACGUCUCCUCGCAGACUUCCCGCAAUUCGACGCCAAAAUCUUCAUCGAGGAGGAAGAUCCAAACCUGAGCGGCGAUGGAGCCGUGGAUAACCUUGGGCCGAACCCCAAGAUACGGAAUAUGAGUCGCGGGUACAAGGAAGCAAAAGGAGAUUUGGUUUGGAUCAUUGAUUGUAAUGUCUGGGUUGGGAAGGGCGUGGCGGGACGAAUGGUCGACAAGCUCUGCGGGUACAUGGAGGACGGGAAGAGAGCCGUUCCGUAUAAGUUCGUGCAUCAGCUUCCUCUAGUUGUAGACAGUGUGGGAGCAAGUGUCGGGGAAGAAGCCCGUGGCCUGCUUCAGGGCCAAGAGGAAGUUUCUACGACCAAUUCUUCUGCAUACAAUAUUUCGGUACCGCCGCAGAACGAAACCUGGCUUAAUAACCUGCUGCGAACCAGCGGCGGCAGGUUCGAGGAGAUGUUCAUGGCGACCUCCCACGCAAAAUUCUACACGGCAAUCAACACCGUCUCCGUAGCCCCCUGCAUAGUCGGCAAAUCCAACAUGUUCCGACGCUCCCACCUCAACGACCUAACAGCCAACUCCCCGCGAUACUCCCCCGGAAUCGACUUCUUCUCCGAAAACAUCUGCGAGGACCACUUGAUCGGAGACCUCCUCUGGCGGAAAAAAGUGCAGGAUGAAAGAGCCGGCCAGAAAUUCUACAGGCACGGCCUCGUGUUUGGCGAUCUGGCUAUCCAGCCUAUGGCAGGCAUGUCGGUGCGUGAGUACGUAGCUCGGAGAGUCCGCUGGCUGCGCGUGAGGAAGUGGACUGUCACGCUGGCGACGUUUGUUGAGCCUGGGGUGGAGCCCUUGCUCUGCUCUGCGUAUGGCGCGUUCGCUAUCUCUACGCUCCCUUGGUUUGGGGGAGUGCCGCAUACGUGGAGUGCGUUUGCGUGCAUCUGGGUGGGAAUCGUGCUGCUUUGGAUGGGCGUGGAUUUCUUCGCUUAUAAUAAAGUCCAUUCUGGGGCAUCGCUCGAGCUGGAUGAGAAUACGCCGUCGUUUGCUCGGCUGGGGCCGAAAGGAGAAGGUCGAAAACGGCCGUUUCGGGAGUGGGUGGGUGCUUGGCUGGGGAGGGAGUGUCUUGCGUUGCCGAUUUGGGUGUGGGCGUGCUAUGGGGGCACGACGGUUAUGUGGCGGGGGAAGAAGUUUCGCGUUGGGCUGGAUAUGAGGGUUAAGGAGAUUAAGAGGAGGGAACAGAAUCAGGAUCAGACAGCUACGCCGGAGGUGGAGAGGGCGAGGUCGAGGAGUAAGGACAGAGUUGAUUGAUUGAAUGAUUGAUUGAUCGAUACCAAUGCAUUAUGAAGCUGUAUUUUAACAACUUAUUAUUAGAGAUAGACAAGCAUGUGGGUGGAAGUGUGGCAGAUGCCCUUACGGAAUACCUAUUUCCAAUGGAUAAAUAUCCACUAUGGAAUAUAUAUUUUUCAUCCACGCUGCCGUUGUGAC